AUGGAGUCUAAUGAAAGUGCGGAUGUGGUGCAGUCACUGGGACCCGAGGAUGAACCAGCCUCUACAUCCAUGUCAGUUAACGCUCAAAAUGACAACUCAAGCCAAAAUACUCAGAUCAGCAGUAAGGGUACUUCACAGAAGGUGGAUCAGGUGGUGCAACUGUGCCGCUUCUACUCUCAGGGCAGGCAAUGCUAUUAUGGGAAAAAAUGCCGCUUUCUUCAUCAAAGAGCUGCGAGUGCACAGAAGGCCGGAGAGAAUGGCACACCUCACAAUGAGAAAGAAGGGAAUUUGGAUGGUCACACAUCAGACCCACAGAAGCAGUCGAGUGAAAACGGACGCUCUGUUACAGUGGAGCAGCCGCCUCCAUCCAGCCACAAAACUGUUCCCAUGAAGCAAGAGAGAGCCAGACGACCCUGCCGCUACUUCCUGUCUGGGUUUUGUGCAAUGGAGGACCGGUGUCGCUUCUUGCAUCCACAGCAGUUUCCGUCCACUGACGACCAGCCUCACGACCUGAAAGAGAGAAGCAGCUUCAGGCCUUCUGCUCCGGCCACACGGCCAGCUAAAAUUCAAGAGCAGGUCAAACUGGCUGAUCUCACUGACAAGGUCUGCGAACAGCUGAGAGCCACUGAGAUCGCUCAGCUCACAAAGAGAUUUCCAGAACUCAUCGUGCAGGAACGAGAAGAUGGACAGCUGACCUACUACAGAGUCACAGUUCAAGCCACGGACCCUGACUGGCCAUUUGACCUUAACAAAGUGGACGUCAUGGUCAGCUUUCCUGACCGUUACCCUCAAGAGGUUUUCACUGUGGAUAUCCCUGAAGACCAGGAGUUACCAUCAAUCAUGGGGAGACAUGUGCAGAAGGCCUCAGAAGAAUGGCUAAAGGCUAAACAUGCCACUAAUCAGCUGAUGGGGAGAGUUGAGCUGCUCUUCAGGCCGUACUUGCACUGGCUGGACCGUAGUAUGGAAAAACUCUUUACCGAGGGAGCCAGGCAGUUGAAAAAAGACGUUGACCUAGAGAGGGCUGGAAUACAGUUCGUCCCCUAUGAGCAACUGAAGGUCACCGUUUUUAAGAACACAUACCAAAAAUCAGACACUCCCGAGCGUGUAGUGUCACUCGCUGUGGCUUCAGGGGAGGAGGCGGAGGAGGAAGAGCUUCAUGAAGCUGGAGUGGAUGAGGAGGAAGAGGAUGAGACUGCUCACGUUAGUGAUGGGAAGGAAGGCAGCCAAAAUGUGGAGAACAUAAAGACAAAAGAGCGAAGGAGAGGCACUGAAAUCAAACUGCUGGGUCUGAGACUGGGAGAACAAGUAGCUACUGUGGCGGCCAAACAGAUCUCAGUGUCCCUAAAGUGCAACAGGUGUGAAGUGGAUUCUGACCUGAGCCUGACCGGGCGCCUGACCUAUACUGCUCAGUGUGAGAAAUGUCAAGCAGAGAUCAGUGCUGCCUUCAGACCCAGUAUACUGCACCACUACAGUGAUGUUUUGGGUUAUCUGGACCUUAAGGCAGUUGUGCCUGUAGAUCUGGUACUGAAGGACUCUAUGUUCAGUGUGGGUUGCCUUAACUGCAACGAGGAGGACACAAUUCAGAAUCUGACUUAUGGGCAAAACUGGGAGCAAAACUGCCAACACUGUCAUACCAAACUCAACAUUUUUGUAGAGGCGGCGCGUUUCCAGUUCAUUCAGCCAGAGUCCAGAAAUCAGACAGGGGCGGCUGCCCAAUUCACUCGGCGCUACAGAGAUCCGGCGGUUCAGCAAGGGAAACUGCUACCUGAUAAAGGAGCCUGCAGGCAUUUCAGACAAAGUCACCGGUGGCUAAGAUUUCCGUGCUGUGGUCGGGCAUACCCAUGUGACAUGUGCCAUGAUGAAGAUCAGGACCAUCUGAUGGAGCUGGCCACCAGAAUGAUCUGUGGUUAUUGUGCCAAAGAGCAGCCGUACAGCAAUGGUAAACCAUGUGUUGGUUGUGGAGGUAUGAUGACAAGAGCAGCCUUCACAAGCCACUGGGAGGGUGGACAGGGCUGUAGAAACAAGGUUAAGAUGAGCAGGAACGACCGGCAAAAAUAUGCCAAUUCAUGUAAAACAGUGGCAAAGAAAAAGAAUAAAGAAAAAAGUAACUAAAGAUAGCAGAGAAUCUUAUUUUCAGACAAUCAGAUGAUAAAUGGCUAUGUACCUAAACAUGUUUGUCAUUAAAUCACAUUUUUAGAUUUUCUUUUCAGAUGAUUUCACAAAAUUAUUUUCUUGCAGUGUACGUUAAAUUUGAAAUAAAAUGCAUUUGAAAUGCAUAAAAUAAAUUUUUCAUAUAUUCAGCAUAAUGUAAACUUUUACCACUUUUUGUACAUCUCUCUUUUUGAUUGCUAGUAGAAAAAAAAAAUUGUAUCUGCAUAGAUGAAUUUACAUCUUUGUUUUUAGAUUGCUUAAGAAUGCCUGAAAUUAUGCUAGUCAAGAGUCAUUUAGACUUCAUAAGUUUGCUAAAGGCUACAAUCAUUAUGAUGAGAUGAUAUUAUGAUGUUAUUUUUUUUAAUUCGUCUCUGGAAAUCAUCUCUCUCUCUCUCUUAUUAUUAUUUUUUCUUCAAAAUGCAACCACAUCAAAUUAUGGAUUCUUGUAUCCAAAAUUGUAUUGGUGCAAUAAGCAAAAUAUGGUAUGCAAAAUGUGCAUUUUCUCUGAUUGCAAUUGAAAUAAAAUUAUGUACAUAAA